UGAGUUUGACAACAAAGAAAUUCUGGUCUACACUUUCUCGUUAACAAAAAGCUUCACCGUUUUUGCGUGCUUUCGUCUAUAUUCUCUGAUUCUCUUCUCUUCUCUUCUCUUAUUACCCCUCCCUCCCUCCUCUAUUAUUCUUCACUCUUCACGUUCUCUUCUUCUUCUUCUUCUCUCUCAUAGCGUCUUCUUCAACCCAACCAGGUGUCAUCUUCUGGCUACACAUGUGAUUUUCACAUUGUCUUCCAAUCAGGUGAAAUCUUAUUGAAGAGCUAUGCAGAAGGAUACUAGUACCAGUGCCCCGUCAUCUACUGGUGCCAAGAUUAGGCACCGAAAACGCUCAACUGAGGCUGUUCUGGAAGUUACCAAAGCAAAUGGAGGCCAGUUGCUUGUUGAUGACAAAAGCAAAUACAAGUCCAUGUUAAUUCGUGCAUACUCAUCCAUUUGGAUGAUUGGUGGCUUUGCAUUAAUCAUCUAUAUGGGUCACCUUUAUAUUACAGCAAUGGUGGUUGUUAUCCAAAUCUUCAUGGCAAAAGAGCUUUUCAAUCUACUCAGGAGAGCACAUGAAGAUAGGCAACUUCCAGGAUUUAGGCUAUUAAAUUGGCAUUUUUUCUUCACCGCGAUGUUAUUUGUUUAUGGACGUAUUCUUAGUCCACGCCUCGUUAACACAGUAACUUCAGACAUGGUAUUAUAUCGGCUAGUGAGCAGUCUUAUAAAGUAUCAUAUGGUUAUCUGCUAUGCCCUUUAUAUUUCAGGAUUUAUGUGGUUCAUUCUCACAUUAAAGAAGAAGAUGUACAAGUACCAAUUUGGCCAGUAUGCUUGGACUCACAUGAUUCUAAUUGUUGUAUUUGGGCAGUCCUCCUUCACUGUGGCAAGCAUUUUCGAAGGGAUUUUCUGGUUUCUUCUUCCUGCAACACUUAUCGUCAUUAAUGACAUUGCUGCUUAUAUUUUUGGUUUCUUCUUUGGAAGAACUCCUUUGAUCAAGUUAUCUCCAAAGAAAACUUGGGAGGGGUUUAUUGGGGCUUCAAUUUCAACUAUCAUCUCUGCAUUUCUGCUUGCUAACGUCAUGGGUCGAUCUAAGUGGCUAACAUGUCCAAGGAAGGACUUGACAACUGGUUGGCUUGAUUGUGAUCCUGGCCCACUGUUUAAGCCAGAACCUUACUCCUUAUCGGGAUGGAUUCCACACUGGUUUCCUUGGCAAGAGAUAACAAUCCUGCCAGUUCAAGGGCAUGCUCUAUGUCUUGGUUUGUUUGCUUCGAUUAUUGCACCUUUUGGAGGCUUCUUUGCAAGUGGCUUCAAAAGGGCUUUUAAAAUAAAGGACUUUGGUGACAGUAUUCCGGGACACGGGGGAAUUACUGACAGAAUGGACUGCCAGAUGGUAAUGGCCGUGUUUGCCUAUAUAUAUCAUCAGUCAUUUGUUGUGCCGCAAAAUUUAUCAGUUGAAAUGAUCCUGGAUCAGAUAUUCAUGAACCUAUCAUUCGAUGAACAACAAGCUCUAUACAGGAGGCUGGGGGAAAUAUUGCAACAAGGGUUUCAAAGCCAUUCUUAGUUCCAAUGCCAAAGGUGUAAUUUGUUCUCUCUUAUUGCAAAGUUUAUUUAGAAGCGGAAAUGGAAAAAGAUACUUUGUACAUUUUGUAUUCUACCAUUUGAGUGAAAAAAGAAUCAAUGGAUUCAGGAAGCUAUCAAGAUGUGUAUAUAUAUAUAUCUUGACCGUUGAUGUUUCAUUCCCAAUUUCCUGAAUAUUAUUUACUCAGGUUUUUGCCUACACAUUUAUCUGUAAAUGAGAGGCUGUAUUUGUAUAAAUUCCUUGAGAUCAUUUAGCAUGUUUCAAUUACCUAAAAAUUCU